UUUGUUUGUUGUGGUCCUUUCGUUUGACUUUGUCCACAUGGUUUUUAGGGGUUUAAUGCAGAUUUCUUUGCAUUUUGAAAUAAGAGGAGGAAAGAAGAGUUAUAUAACCUGUUUGAACAAAAAAAAAAGAGUUAUAUCACCUAAAUUAGAAAAUAAGUUGCGUUUCAGCUGUUAAUGAAUUGAAAAUGCGUAUAUAUGCUAAUGAAUGCAAUGCAUAAUGCUAUUUGAGUGAAGAACAGAAUCUCCCAAAAGAGAAAGAAAUUAAGAAAACGUUUUUGUUAAUGAAUAAAUAAAUAAAAAUAAUAUAGGCGUGGAACUUUAAUGGGAGACUUUAGAUUCACAAGCUUGAAAUGAACGGCUGAGAUCAUCUUUCCACUUAUGUUUUGAUCUUAACUUUGAAUUCCGCCUCUCCAUGUUUUGAAUACAUCACAUCUCUCUCUCCUCUUUAUUUUCAUCAUCGUCACUUGGAUCUGCUGAGCUGUUACUGUGAGAUUCUUGUUGUUGCUUCGUGCCUACGUUCCCUGUAUUCUUGGAUUUGAUUCAUCUCCUGCUUCUUAAGGUCACACUCAGUUUUGAAUCAAAGAUCAAAAUUUACUCUUUGAAGCUUCGAGCUUUGGUUCAAAGAGAUCAAAUUUGAAGCUUUGAGCUUUGAAUCAAAGAUCAAGUUUCACACUUUGAAGCUUUGAGCUUUGAAUCAAAGGCUAUGUGGGCAUUGUGCUAAAAGCUUACUAGGGAUAUGUAAAAGACAAAACAAAAGAAACUGGCUUUGGGGUAUACUAUAUUGUUGCUUCUCUUGCUAAGUAUGAAGCCUGAGAUGAAAGCCCCCAAUGUUAAAGAAGGUGGUUCCCAGGGAAACCUGCAAGGGAAACAUGGGAGGACGUGUGGCCCUACAAGACGAUCCACUAAAGGACAAUGGACCCCCGAAGAGGACGAAGUCUUGUGCAAAGCUGUCGAGCGUUUUCAAGGAAAGAACUGGAAGAAGAUAGCUGAAUGUGUUAAGGACCGGACUGAUGUCCAGUGUCUUCACAGAUGGCAAAAGGUCUUGAACCCAGAGCUUGUGAAAGGGCCUUGGUCCAAAGAGGAGGAUAACACAAUAAUUGCUCUGGUAGAAAAAUAUGGUCCAUCGAAAUGGUCUACUAUUUCUCAGCAUUUACCUGGGCGCAUUGGAAAGCAAUGUAGAGAAAGGUGGCAUAACCAUCUUAACCCUGGCAUCAAUAAAAAUGCAUGGACCCAGGAAGAGGAACUUACUCUUAUUCGUGCACAUCAAAUUUAUGGGAAUAAAUGGGCAGAGCUAAUGAAGUUUUUGCCAGGAAGGUCAGACAAUGCAAUAAAAAAUCACUGGAACAGCGCAGUUAAGAAGAAGUUGGAUUCCUACUACGCAUCAGGUCUUUUAGAUCAGUGUCAAAGCUCGCCACUCGUUGCUCUUCAGAACAGAUCCGUAGCUUCAUCUUCCUCGUUGAUGCACAGCAGUGGAGAUGAAAGUAAUUUCAGGCAAGGGGCUGAUGCUGAAGAAUCAGAAUGCAGCCAAGCUUCAACUGUUUUUAGUUGUUCACAGUCGAACAAUGAUUUGCUAGACGAGGUUAAACCUCCAAAUGAAGAGUUCUACAUUCCUGAAUUGCUUUCAGGAUUGGAGCAGCAAGUCUCAAACUCUCCAUCUCAUGCAGAAUCUUACUGCCCUUCCUUUGAAGAUGUUAAAAUUGUUGUCCCCGAGGUUAGAACCACCACAGCUACAGAGGAUCACUUGCAGGGCGUGUCUAACAAUGUUAGACAGGAUCUCAGUCUAGACUGUCCUCAGUUAUUGGCUCAUAACAUGGAUGGAGAUGAAAAAAAUGAAGCAUGCCAGGCUUUUCAAGAUUCUGUCAAAUUAAGUGAUCAACCUUCUUUGCCAAACUCGGACACAAGUAUUCAUCCACAACCUCAAACUUUGACUACGGACGUGGAGUGUUGUAGGGUUCUUUUCCCAUAUGCCAUGAAAGAUAAUGGUACAUCUUCUGGUGAGCAAGGUCAGAACAUGGUUGACCCUCCAAAGGGCAAAGGAGAAGAAACAAAUGCUCAUGAAACGGGAAACAUUCCAGCUUUAUCUUGGCAUCAAUCAAAUUCUGAGAGCCUGGAGGGUCAUAAUGGUGUUACUUUAUUAUAUUCAGCUGUGGAGGACUCAGUUUUACUCCACAAUGAUUCUGCUCAAGAUUGUGAUCUCCUUGGAGCUACUGCAUUAGAACGUGAAACUGAUACAAAUGAUGGCAAUGAUGAUAAUGAUGGCAUCCCAGAAUCAUAUAUUACCAAGGAUUUUUUGAAGCUAGUACCUCUGAAUAACUUUGCCUCUCCUUCUAGAGUGAACAAGAUUCAUUUCCCUAUUGACGAGAAGCCAGCUGAAAAGGACAAAGGAUCUCUUUGUUAUGAGCCUCCACGGUUUCCAAGUGCAGAUAUUCCUUUCUUCAGCUGUGAUCUUGUACCAUCAAACAGUGACUUAAGGCAAGAGUACAGUCCCUUUGGUAUCCGCCAGUUGAUGAAUUGUACAACUCCGUUAAGGCUAUGGGAUUCACCGCGUCAUGAUAAGAGCCCUGAUGUCAAAAGUUUCAGUGGUGCACCAUCCAUCUUAAAGAAGCGGCGUGGGGACUUGCUGCUGUCACCUAUGCUUGAUAGGAGAAAAGAAAAAAUGGUGAAAAGUGCUAAGGCUUCCUCCUUGGCUUUAGAUUUUUCAAGAUUAGAUGAUUGCAAUAAAAAUAAACGUGCCUCCUCUUCCGAAGCCAAAGAGGAUCCAAACGAAACCUUGGAGUCAGGAGGAGUGUCUUCAGCUAAAACUGACCAAGAAACUCGUAGGAGUUUGGUUUAUUAUAAUGAUGUUGGGAUGCAAGUGAGCUCUCCUGAUAAAGCUGGAUCUAGACUGGAUAACAAAGUGAAUACAGUUGCGAAAGAUCCAUCAGACCAACACGAAAAGUCAUUAGCUACUAUUCCAACUGAAGAAAUCUCGUCAGAACCUCCAUUCACAGCAGACGAGAUUCCUUUAUCAGUAAUCUCAGGAAUUAAAACCAACACUGCAGAGAGUAGUGUAGAUAUUGAAACCUUCAGCAUAUUUGAUGGAACUCCGUUCAAAAAACUCCUUGAUACCCCAUCACCAUGGAAGUCAUCACCAUGGAAAUCACCUUUACUCUUUGGAUCUUUCUUGCAAAGCCAAAAUUUGGAUCCAGAUAUUACACUUGAGGAUAUUGGGUGCUUUAUGAGUCCCGGAGAGAGAAGUUAUGAUGCCAUAGGACUGAUGAAACACUUGAGUGAACACACAGCUACGGCAUAUGCAGAUGCUUUGGAAGUCUUGGGUAAUGACACACCUGAAACGAUACUCAAGAAGAGACGGCUGAACAAAUCUAUUCAAGGGAAAGAAAAUCAACACUGGCCUCAUGAUCAACUUGAAAACCGAUCCCAGUGUGUGGAAAUGCAGGUGGAGGGUCGAGCUUUGGACUUCAGUAACUGUGGGACACCGGGGAAAGCAAAGGUAUCAUCUGCUUCUCCAGGCAGCUACUCGAGCCCAUCAUCUUACCUUUUGAAGAGUUGCAGGUAGAAAAAAACAACAUUUGUUGAUAGACAUUCAUUCUCACCUUCAAUUUUUUAUUUAUCAUCCCAUAUAUGUAUGUCUAAUGUCAGAUUCACUCUCUCUGUCUAACUUUUUCCUUGUAAUGUGUAGAUCUUUCAACUCUGGACAUGAAACCAUUGAUUAAUACCGAAAAAGUUACUUAGUUCUCAAAAAGUUAACUUAUAAAUC